AUGCCCAUCCCCGUCUCCCCCGACACCUCCACCCCCACGCCCCCCCGCGCCAAAAUCCUCGUCCCCGAAAAACUCUCUCCAGACGGGCUAGCCCUGCUGCGCGAGACCUGCGACGUCGACGAGCGCAAGGGGCUCUCGGCGCAAGAGCUCGGCGAGAUCAUCGCCGCGUACGACGCGCUGAUCGUGCGCUCCGAGACGCAGGUGACGGGGGAGCUGCUAGCCAAGGCAAGGAACCUGAAGGUUGUGGCGAGAGCGGGCGUCGGCGUCGACAAUGUCGAUGUUGAGGCUGCGACGAGGUUGGGUGUGGUCGUUGUGAAUUCACCCGUGGGGAAUGUGAAUGCGGCCGCGGAGCAUACGGUUGCUUUGAUGCUGGCUGUGGCUAGGAAUAUCGGCGAUGCAACGCAGAGCCUGAAGAGCGGGAAAUGGGAGCGCAGUCGACUCGUUGGCGUCGAGGUGAAGGGGAAGACGCUGGCGAUUGUCGGCGCAGGCAAAGUCGGCCUCACCGUCGCGCGCGUCGCCUCCGGCAUGGGCAUGAAAGUCAUAGCCUACGACCCGUACGCGAAUACGCAGCUCGCCGCCGCCGCCUCCAUCACCCUGCAACCCAGCCUCAGCGCGCUGCUCACAGCGGCCGACUUCCUCACCAUCCACACGCCGCUCAUCGCCUCAACCAAAGGCAUGAUCGGCGCCGCCGAACUACGCGCCAUGAAGCCAUCCGCACGCAUCCUGAACGUCGCGCGAGGCGGGAUGAUCGACGAGGCCGCCCUAGCAGACGCGCUGGACGCGCACGCCCUCGCCGGCGCCGCCAUCGACGUCUUCAGCACCGAACCACCCGCCCCCAACUCCCCCGCUGCGCGCCUAGUCGCCCAUCCCCGCGUGCUCGCGACGCCGCACCUCGGCGCGUCGACCGUCGAGGCCCAGGAAACCGUCUCCCUCGACGUGUGCCAGCAGGUGCUCUCGAUCCUGGCGGGCGAGCUGCCCCGCUCCGCCGUCAAUGCCCCCCUCAUCCUGCCCGACGAGUACCGCGCCCUGCAGCCCUUCGUCUCGCUGGUUGAGAAAAUGGGCGCGCUGUACACGCAGCACUAUAGCCGCGGGAGGGCGGGGGUCCGCUCGACGUUCGACCUGGUGUACGAGGGCCAUCUUGCGGAGAUGGGUACCACGAAGCCGCUGUUCGCGGCGCUGAUUAAGGGCCUUUUGGCGCCGAUUAGUGGCGCGGAUGCGCCGGCUGUGAAUAUUGUUAAUGCGGAGCUGGUUGCGAGUGAGCGCGGCAUCUUGGUGAAUGAGCAGCGCAGGCGCGAGAGUGGCGGGGAGCGCGGCUACGCCAGCUGUGUGACGCUGCGGGCGAGGCCGGCGAGGGAGCCGUCAAGGUCACGGGGCCGUGGUGGUGCUGGCGAGUUGAGGCAGAGUGGGGGCGCUGUUGGGGGCGUGGGAGGUGCGGUAGGGGUGAGUGGUGUUGGGGGUGGUAUGGGAGGUGUGGCAGCAAAAGAAGAAGACCAGGUCAUCCAGGGCUUCGUCUCGGCCGAUACGCCGUACAUCAGCCGGCUGGACCGGUUCGUGGCCAAUUUCGUGCCCGAGGGCACCCUGCUCAUCUGUCGCAACUUUGACUCGUGCGGGAAGAUUGGCUUUGUCGGGUCUCGGCUGGGGCGCGCGGGCGUUAAUAUCAGCAGCAUGAUUGUUGCGCCGUUGGUUGAUGCGGGUGGGGAGGCGGCGCUGGUGCCACAGGGGGUUGGGCGGGCUGAGGGGAAUGGUGGGAGCAGUGUUGGUGUCAGUGAGGGGAGUGGUGUUGGGGGGAGUGGUGUUGGGGGGAGUGGUGCUGCGAAAGAAGCAGAAACCGAUGCAGAUGGCGGUCCCGUCAGAAACGUCAGGCGCCAGAACGAGUCCCUGAUGAUUCUAGGCGUUGAUCGCGCGGUGGGCGCGGAUGUGGUCGCGGGCUUGAUUGCGCCCGAGGGCGUGCUGGAGGCUAGUGUUGUUGUUUUGUAG